AUGGACGACGCUGCAGCACUCAGAAACAAAGGCUACAGCCUGAGCGACACGCUGGGAGAAGGCUCUUACGGCAAAGUGAAGCGUGCUUACUGCAGCCGGCUGAAAUGCAGCGUGGCCAUCAAGAUAAUCAACAAGAGGAAAGCUCCUACGGAAUUCCUCGAAAGAUUUCUCCCCAGGGAAAUAGAGGCUUCAAAACGUUUGGAACACCCCUCGAUCAUCAAAACUUAUGAGAUUUUUACGACAGCAGCCAAGAAAGUGUACAUUGUGAUGGAGCUGGGGGAAAAGGGAGACCUCCUGAAUUACAUCAACAUGACAGGACCUAUGAAAGAGGAGAUGGCUCGCGUCAAGUUUCAGCAGUUGGCUUCUGCCAUCAAGUACUGCCACGACUUGGACGUCGUUCACAGGGACCUGAAAUGUGAGAACAUCCUUCUCGAUGUAGACCUCAACAUCAAGUUGUCAGACUUUGGCUUUUGCAAAUUCUUGUCUCGAGAUGAACAUGGAAGAAUUAUUCUCAGUGAAACCUUCUGUGGGUCUGUUGCAUACGCAGCCCCUGAAGUGCUACAGGGCAUUCCUUGCGACCCCAGGAUUUCCGACAUAUGGAGCCUGGGUGUCAUCCUGUAUACCAUGGUCUGUGCUUUAAUGCCAUUUGAUGAUUCCCAUGUCAAGACAAUGAUCCACCUUCAGAAACAACAGCGGAUUCCCUUUCCCGACACAAUAUGCUUGACGUUAGAGUGCAAGAACCUCAUUUACCACUUGCUCCAGCCCAGUGUUUCUCAGAGGCCGUGCAUAGAUGAAGUUUUGAAAGACUCAUGGUUGCAGACUCCAAAAUCCAAAAUGCCUUCUGCUGUGCCAGCUGCAGAAGACGAUGAGUGUUCCCAAAAUCUGCACGAAGGAAAGCCUGAGCAUGAGCAGGAAGCCAAGCCCCACUCCGCAGAAAAGGAAGGACAGGAGAAGGAAAUGGGAUCCUCUUAA